AAGUCCAUCUGUCAAUUUUAUCAUUAUCUGCGUCACUCACAAAAACCCUUUUUUGCUGCUAUCUUUGAUUUCGUAUAACCCCAAGUCUCUCAUUUUACUCAAACUCUCACUUUUUUUACUUUAUCUCGAAACCAUGUCUGAGGGAGAGAAGGUUUUGCCGACUGCAUCGAAAGAUGAGAAGUCUGGGGCAGCUGAGAAUAAAAAAUCUUCUGAGUCUUCCACCGCGGAAGCACCAUCAGGAGAGGGGAGAACAGCCUCUACUGCUGCGGCUGGAGCGGGGGUCCAAAAUCCCUUCGAUUUCUCAGCCAUGUCUGGACUACUCAAUGACCCAAGUAUCAAAGAACUAGCAGAGCAGAUUGCAAAAGACCCUGCAUUUAAUCAGAUGGCAGAGCAGCUUCAGAAGACCUUUCAAGGUGCGGCAGUGGAAGAAAGUGUCCCCAACUUUGAUAGCCAACAAUACUACUCUACAAUGCAACAGGUUAUGCAAAAUCCCCAGUUUAUGACCAUGGCUGAGCGGCUUGGUAAUGCAUUGAUGCAGGAUCCAUCCAUGUCUGGCAUGCUUGAGAGUUUGUCGAACCCUGCCCAGAAGGAGCAACUUGAAGAACGGAUGGCGCGCAUUAAAGAAGAUCCAUCACUCAAACCAAUCUUGGAAGAGAUUGAGAGCGGAGGACCAGCUGCAAUGAUGAGGUAUUGGAACGAUCAAGAUGUUCUGAAGAAGAUUGGUGAAGCAAUGGGUUUUGCUGCUGGGGGAGAGGGUGCUACCUCUUCUGAAAUACCUGGGCCAGAUGAAACAGAAGAGGCAAAUGAAGAUGAAUCUGUUGUUCAUCAGUGUGCUAGUGUUGGUGAUGCAGAGGGCUUGAAGGCUGCACUAGCUGCAGGUGCUGACAAAGAUGAAGAAGAUUCAGAAGGAAGGACAGCAUUACAUUUUGCUUGUGGAUAUGGCGAGGUGAAGUGUGCUCAGCUCCUUGUUGAAGCUGGGGCAAAGGUUGAUGCAUUGGACAAGAACAAGAAUACUGCUCUUCACUAUGCUGCUGGAUAUGGUAGGAAGGAGUGUGUAGCACUGCUGCUAGAGAAUGGAGCCGCUGUAACUCUUCAAAACUUGGACGGAAAGACGCCAAUUGAUGUUGCCAAACUGAACAACCAGCAGGAUGUCCUAAAGCUGCUCGAGAAGGAUGCAUUUCUGUGAACUGGCAUGGAUGUUUGGUCAUGUACAAUUGAAACUUCUGGAUAUGUCAGAGAGGGUGAUUCAAGACACCUGUACUUUAAGGAUCUAAAGGAUCUUAUCCAUACUUGAUGUGUUAUCUUUGCCAGUGUAUAAUUUUAUUGUUUUUCUAAGAUUGUGCCUGUUCGAAGAGUUUCUCUGGAUGUUUUGUAUUUGUGAGCAUCUUUGCUACCAUGUUAAAUUAAACGUCAACAUUUUUUUUGAACUGA